AUGGCUAGAGGUCCUGCUGGUAAAAACAGAGGUGUUUCAAAGAUCUCCAAGUGGUACAAGGCUGAUGAUGAAGCCACCCCCUUCCACAGAAGACAACUUAAGAAGGCUACCGCCACCAAGUUGAGAAACGACAUCGCCCCUGGUACCGUUCUCAUCCUCCUCGCUGGUAGAUUCAGAGGUAAGAGAGUCGUCUUCCUUAAGCAACUCAAGUCUGGCUUGUUGUUGGUCACCGGUCCCUACAAGGUUAACGGUGUCCCCUUGAAGAGAGUCAACUAAGCUUACACUCUUUCUACCUCCACCAAGGUUGAUCUUACCGGUGUUAACACUGCUAAGUUCGAAGAUGACUACUUCGGUAGAGAAAAGGCCAGAAAGAACCACAAGAACCUUUUCAAGGCUGAAUUGACCGAAGAAUAAAAGAAGAAGGAAACCGAAAGAAAGAAUGCUAGAAAGCAAGACUAACAAGCUGUCGAUACUCCUCUUCUCGCUGCCGUCAAGAAGGUUGAAUUCUUAAAGAACUAUCUUGCCUCCAAGUUCACCUUAAAUAACAACGACAGACCCCACGAAAUGAAGUUCUGA